AUGGCUCGAGUCCCAGCAUCUUCCAGUCUCGGGGCUGGUGCCGAUGUCCAGACUAUGACCCUGAUCGACUGGGGCUUUGUAGUACACGGAACUCGUUUGGCGAAUGCUACUCCGCUGUUCAACACUACUGCAUUUGAUAAAGAUGCCCAGCCACUCCAAGUCUCUCACCCAAAGUAUGCCACGCCUUUUGCGACAUGGGCAAAAGAAGGCUUCGAUAAUGUUGGCAUUGACGAAGUGCAAGACUUCAACAGCGGCUCCUUGAUAGGCCAUCAAUUUUGCACAAUGACAAUCCGACAGGCGGACGCAACUAGAAGCAGCUCUGAGUCUGCGUUUCUGCAAACAGGAUUCAAGUCUGAUUCAUGGAUAUUGUAUCAGUUUGCCAUGGCUAAGAUGAUUAUGUUUGACGAUAAAAAGCGAGCAACUGGCGUGGUUAUGCAACAAGGAAACCAAUUCGUUCCGACGGCAACACGAGAAGUCAUUCUCUCUUCGGGGGCUUUUCAAUCGCCACAGCUCCUGAUGGUUUCUGGCAUUGGUCCUGCCCAGGUGCUCAGUACUUAUGGCAUCAAGUUGAUCGUCGAUCUACCUGGAGUAGGUCAGAAUAUGUGGGAUCAUGUGUUCUUCGAUCCUUCUUACCAGGUAAAUGUGCCCACUUUGGGGAUGCUCAAAAACGAUUUAUGGUAUCUUCUCAAUCAGCUGCCGAUGUGGCUUUUCGGAGGCAAUGGAUUCUUAACGAACCCCUCGACGGACUAUAUCGCAUUUGAGAAACUUCCGCCACAAUCCCGCUCCGCGUUUUCUAAGACCAACGAAAAUGAUUUGGCUUGGUUUCCUGGCCGGAAGUCGAGUUCACUUAGACCUGCAUCUUUGGGAAACUUCUCGAAUCCAUAUGCACAGCAGCCUCCGUUUGGGGAAUAUGCUAGCAUUGCUGCGGUCCCGGUGGCUCCAACCUCACGGGGAAACGUGACUAUUCGUUCCGCUGAUACGGCAGAUGCCCCAGUGAUCAAGCCCAGCUGGUUAGAAACAGACACCGAUCAACAAGUUGCAGCAGCGUACCGGCGCGCUCGUGGUGUAUUUCGUUCUCGGGAAAUAGCGUCUGUCAUCAUCGGCGAGGAGUAUUUCCCUGGGAAGGGUUACGAGACCGAUGCUGAAAUAUUAGAUAUUAUCAAAAACACAGUCAUGACAAUUUAUCAUGCAGCUUGUACCUGCAAGAUGGGUAUCAAAAACGACAGCAUGGCUGUUGUCGAUAGUCGAGCCAGGGUGUUUGCUUACGAGUGGUUGAUGCGAGCGCAUUCCCGAUCCUUCCACCAGGUCAUCCUCAAUCAGCAGUCUAUUAGUGCAGUUCCUAGUUGGUGA